AUGGGUGCUCCGCGGGCAGUUCAGCACCUUAAGGCAACAUACACCUUCCUCAAAACCCCCAUCAUCAUCUCCGCGCCUAUGCGCGUGUUCGCCGGGCCGGAUCUCGCAGUUGCAACGUCUCGCGCAGGAGGCCUGGGCUUCAUCGGUCCGGGUCUGCGACCUACAGAUCUGGACUCCAAACUUCAGAGGGCUCGGAGUCUGCUGGACCAGAAUUCCAUCGCUGCCCACAGCUCUACCUCUUUGAAUGCCCCAGAUCUUGACUACCUCCCUAUCGGUGUAGGCUUUCAGCUUUUCGAUGGUGAUCUUGAUGUGGCUGCUGCAACAGUGCACAAGCACAAGCCUGUCGCGGCGUGGCUCUUUGUCCCAGCAUCCGGCCAAUCCGAGUUAGAUCAGUGGACACUGAGGAUUCGGAAAGAGUCCCCUUCCACGAAAAUAUGGAUUCAAAUUGGCUCUGUCGCUGAAGCUGUUGCCGCGGCGAAGAGUAAACAGGCGCCAGACGUACUUGUCGUGCAGGGGAUUGAUGCUGGUGGGCACGGUCUUAGAAGGGGUGCAGGCGUGGUGUCACUGCUCCCAGAAGUAGCGGAUGCUCUACACGAGUUGGGGUCUGACAUCCCCCUCAUCGGCGCUGGUGGGAUCGCGGACGGCCGAGGAGUUGCUGCAGUCCUAGCCACGGGCGUCGCAGCAGGUGCGGUGAUGGGCACCCGCUUCCUCGCCAGCAACGAGGCCGAGAUCAAGAAGGGAUACCAAGAGGACGUGGUGCGAGUCUCGGAUGGCGGCCAAAGCACCAUCCGCACCGAUUUAUUCGAUAGACUCCAGGGGAGAGAUGAUUGGCCGCCACGCUACGACGGUCGUGCGAUCAUCAACGGAAGUGUGAAGGAUGACCUAGCAGGUAUGGACUUCCAGCAGAACAAGCAGAUAUUCGAAGAACAGAUGGCGAAUGGGUCGAUUGGAUGGGGAGAGGACGGGAGAAUGACGGCAUAUGUAGGGAGUGCCGUAGGGCUCGUGCGGUCGAUUGACUCGGCACAAGAGAUUGUUGCAAGGUCCAGAGCAGAAGCUAGACAGGCUUUACGGCAAGCCCUGGACGGACUGGAGGGUUAG